AAGUAACUCACAAGAGCAUCAACAAAGUAAGUUGUGGUGCUGGGAUUGGAGAGCAAAAUGGAGCUAGGAGUUGCGAUGAUAAGUUAAAGAAAUGUGAGAGUAAAAGUAGGUGAAUGGGGUUAUUAUAGGAAAGAGAAUUGUUUUUACAAGGAUAGUUUUGGCAUUACGAGUUUAGAGUUACAGGGAGAAUCUUUAAGAGGUGCUUGGAGAAGCCCCCGCAAUUCCUGGUUCAAUUCGAUUCAAAAUUUCAAUUUGCGAAGAUCUUCUUCGAUGGAUCGCCGGAAAAGCAGCAGGAAAACGACGGCGUCGAAAGCCUCAACCGUGGAAGCGUCACCUUCAAUCUCAGUUUCUGAGGCUUUUAUAGUAAACGCGUUGUGCGUCGUUGGUCUGGCCUUCGCAUUUUGGGCUGCCAACACUGUCUUCUCCAUCGACAUCGUUUCUCAUUCUUCUCUCACACUCUUCCUCAUCUCGAUUGUAGAGCUCCCGAUCGUGAUCCUUCUAUACAGUCGAUAUCGACAAAAUCCCCAACAAUGCUCGUACCUAAGAGCUGUUGGAAGAGGUGUUCUUGGGGUGCCUGUAGGGGCAUUGUUGAAUUUUUUAGGAGCUAUCGCUUUGGGGGCGCCUGUUAAAUUUCAGUAUCUUCCUAAGACUAUAAAUUGGGCUCUCAUGAUGUCGGUAUUCACGACAGUUCCAGCAUCAUGUGUUCUUGGUUCAUCAUGGGCUGAUUGGAGACGUAUAUUUGCUCAAACAAAGCCAAAUGGAUCUAUAGAGUACUUGAUUUGUUUACCAGCUCAUGGAGCAGUUAUUGGGGCUUGGUUUGGGGCUUGGCCAAUGCCACUUGACUGGGAGAGGCCAUGGCAGGAAUGGCCAAUUUCUGUUAGCUACGGAACCAUAGCUGGGUACCUGGUGGCAUUGGUUGCGUCGUUGGGGUUCGUUCUUUCGUGUUUUAGGUCACUACAUAUCAAAAGUGAAUAAAAUGCAAAGUUUCUGGUUAUUGUAAUUGUGAUGGAGAUGUAAAAAGCAUAAUCUAUUGAUGACCUAGACCUCGAAAAUUGACAUCUUUAGGACGAAAUGAGAUACAUACUAUUCCUCCAUGUGCCUUUCUUUUUGCACCCACAUAAUCACCGUGUGCACCACCAUAAAUUCUCCAAGUCUGCCCUUGUGGUAUUAAAUUUGACAGCAGAUGGGGAUUGUAGUUUUGAUGUUGUGUUGUUGUUUGUUGAGUGUUUUUACACACUUCAUGUUUGUGGUGAUGAUGCUUGAAGCGUAGAGUGAAUAUUGUCACAAGAUUGUGUGGUGAAGUGAGAAUUGUGAAGGAAGGGAAGUUUGGAUAGAUAAGUUUCUCAUUUUUUUUUGUUUUGAAGUUUUUCUCUAGUUUACAAUUUUGAACUUGGCUUCGAGAUUGUGCAACUGAAACACUAUAUACAGAAGAAUUUUAACUUCUGGAAUGUACAAUUUGUAAUACCUUUCAAAAGUCUAAAUGUAUAUUUAUGAACUUGUGUAGAUAAAACUGUAAGUUGGUUGUCCCAUACUGACUAUAGAUAUUUUGUGGUCAACGUAUUGUUAUCUAGAGGCUCAA